UAUUUAUUAGCUCCUUAUCUUAUUUUUAGAAUGUUGUAAUGGAGGAUUGCUGCGUUUUUUUUCCCUGCCGUGUCUGCAUGUAGUUGUACUAGAAGAAUCAGUCGUGUUUGCAGUUUGGUGUGUUUCAACCUUUGAUUUCUCGUGGAUAGGAUCAUAUAUCUGCUAUUAUUAGUCUGGCUCAGUGAUCUUACAUAUGAUUGAGCUCUAAGCCAACGGUGAAAACGGUGUCACUGUCAGAGUGUGACUGACUGCCCCUGAUGACCUGACUGUCACUGUCAAGUCAGUGUGUGCGUCUGAGUAAGCAUAUCGCAUGGGCACUAUGGCCCAAAGUUAAGCCUCAUUGCUUUUACUUGAAGAGUUUAAUCAGUGUCAGCUGGUUUGGAGUUGACUGCAAGGUGUGUGUGAGGUCUCACAUCAUCAAGCAUUGGGACUGUGCAUGUUACUCCAAUGAAUCCAGACAACAGCAUUCAUCAAAUCAACAUGCCUAAGCUUCUACACAGACAGAGUGAGAGUGCAAGGAAGAGGAUGGAGCACUGCCAAUAUUUGGCAACAGAAUCUCCUGAGCCAACUUAUGACCUUUCUCGUUGUGAAAUUUCGGAGGUUCCCAGUGGCACAUUCUCUAUGUGCAAGGUAUUAAGGAAAGAAGCCCUGAUUUUGAGUGAGAACUUCUUGUCGUCACUAUCAGGAGGUGGCAACAUAAAAGAUUUAGCUAUGUUACGGGUACUUGAUUUACAUGGCAAUAAGUUUUCUGAGAUACCUGAUGCAGUGACAGAUAUAAGUGGCUUACAAGUGUUGGCUUUGGACAACAAUAACCUCAAAAAGCUUCCACGGGAUAUUGGCAAACUGCAGGCUCUGCAGACACUUAGUGUUAAAGGUAAUCAACUUAAAGAACUACCAGGGAGUAUUGUCCAAAUGAAGUCCUUGAGAUCAUUGGACAUUUCUGUCAAUAAAAUCAAGGAGUUGCCAUCUAAAUUAUGCUACAUUCGGACGCUUGAGACUCUGACUCUGGAUGCAAAUAACAUGAAACAUCCUUUGGCGAGUGUGUGUAUACGGGGUAUUGAAGCAAUUAUGAAGUCACUUUGUGGAGAGUGUGGUAUUGAUUACAGUCCACCAUCCCAACAUGUUCUGAGUGUGCUGGAUCCUCCCAAAAUAAGUCCUGUCACAGACAAACCAUCACUCCAGAGCCUUGAACAAGAGGAAGCCAGUUUGAGUAACAGCAUAAUGCAGUAUGAGAAACUUCAGGGGAAAAAAAGAUUAGAGAGGGUAAGGAUGGAAAAGGAACUUGAAGAAAUGGAGAGAGAUCAAGCCCGACUGAUGAUUCAGACAGAUCAACGACACAUGGGAUUACUCAAGGCAUUGGAAAAGGAACAAGCUGACUUGGAUUCUGGUAUUAAGACACUACAAGAAAGAAGUGACAUAGAGAAGCAAAACUUACUUGCUAUGCUACAUGAUGUUGAGAAGCAGUCUACUGACCUUGUUGAGCAGCUUUUGGAGAUGAAUGAAAAAGCACGCAAGAAAGAAGCACUUUUGGAUCAGUUGGAGAAAGAGAGAAUGGAGUUGGAUGCAACAUUUAGCGUUAUUGCAGAGGAACACGACUUCUUACGAGAAAGAGACAUCCUAGACUUCAUGCAGGUUAUUGUAAAGGAGAACUAUGAGCUAGAGCAACUGAGAAACACAUAUGAUAAACACAAGGAAAAUAUCAGGAAGAAAGCUGAAGACAGCGAGAAUGAAGCAUUUGAUCAGCUGAGCUCCCACCUUCAAGCAAAGCAGCUGAAUAAUGAUGCCAUGGUAGCUGAAUUAAUGAAAGCUGAAGAAUUCCAACGACAAGCAUUUGAGAUGUUGCUGCUCAGCAAAGAUGCCAAGCACAAGAGACUGACAGAAGAAAUUUACAUGUUACAACAACAACUAGCCGAGGUAACUAUGGCUGAGCUAGAGAAACGCUCGGUCAAAGCUGAGUCAGCCAACAUUACCUUGGAACAGAAGAGAGAAGAACUAGCUGCAUUGCUGAAACAACUGAUGAUAGAAAGAGAAGAUAGGGAGGAGGAACUCAAGAAAAGACUUCUGGAGAUGGAACAGAGGCGUGAAGAUGAUGUUCAAGACUACUGGCUGAUCCAAUUCCAGAGGCUAAUGGAUCGCAAACCUCAAGCACUCAUUGAUCAGGAAAACCACUUGGAGUUGUCAGUUUUGGAAAUUUUGGAGAGGGCAGGAGCUGAUGAUUACAUUCCUAAGUUUGCCCGUCAUCGAGUUACCAUAGAAACCAUGCUUCAAUUGACAGAUAGCAAUUUAAAGGAGAUGGGUGUUCAUGAACUUGGUCUACGUCAUGCAAUUUUAUCACACAUUAGUGAAUUUAUCAAGGAGAGGGAGAUGGCAUCGGUGAAAGCAAAGGAGAUUGAGUCUAAUGAAACUGUACCCAGGAUGAAUCCUACUGCACCCUUUAUGGAUGAGGAUAGUGCAAGUGCUGUUGCUGCAGCUACUGUUAUGAAGGAAGUGACAGUUCGAGUCAAUGCUGAAUGUGUCAUCUGUAUGGAGAAUAAUUCUGAUGUUCUGUUCCUGAACUGUGGUCAUGUCUGUUGCUGUGGCUCAUGCAGUGGAAGUUUACGCCUCUGCCCGCUGUGUAGGAGUGACAUUCAUACCAAGAUCAACAUGCAGAAAUCAAGUCAGUCACUCGUUUCUCUCUGAGGAAAUGUGGCCUAAUUCACAUCCUAAUAAUACAGGGUGUCCCCCAAAAAACCACCCAGAAGUUACAUAUCUUUUAUCCCAUCUUUUCAAAACUGAAGACUAAUGAUAGUAAUAAUGAUAAGUGAUUCUUGUAUAACAUCAAAACUGUCAAUGGUUGAUGCUCAAGGCAUUUGACUAAAACAUAAUUAAUACUAAUUUAAAAAUUUGAAGACGUCAGUUUUAUAGAAUUUUUUUUUGUUAGAAUAGAUUUUUCCCCUAACUUUGGGAAAAAAUAUGUUACACACGGGUUGGGGGUUUUUUGGGUACACACUGCGCAUCAAAGAAAUGUACGCUUCAUGCUAAAUAUUUUUCACCUUCAAAGCAAGUAUGUGUUUGAUGUAUAUCUAGGCUUUGAUUCUUGUGUGAUAUACACCAUACAAAGCUUUUAUUGAUACAGUUUUGAAUUUGCCUACAGUAUCCUCUUGUCGUACUGUAUGUAUAAUCUUUCUGGACUGAUUUUUUUUGACAUUAUUUAGAAAAUCCAAAAAUGUACAUUGGCUUUCCUAGCUGAAGUGGCAUUUGCUUUUACCACUUUUGUGGUUUUGGUUGGUUAUAAAAUAAUUUGUCCAAAUUUGGGAAAUCCCAAAGUGCAUCAAGAGUGUGCAUUAGAAAUGCACCAAUUGUUGAUUUACUAAAACUGAAACAUUGCACCCAAACAAGCUUUCUAUUUUCAAUGUAAUUGUGGUGGAAGCAUAUUCGUAUCUUUGGGAAAAGUACUCCUUGUGAUAAAACUAAGUGGCAGAAAAUAAAUAGUGAAAGUUGCGAUUUCUUUUUCAAAUUGUUUGUGGUACUUUGUGAAUGAAACACAUUCAUCACCACAUUUGGUUUUGUUGGUUGUAGAGCAAUACAUAACCUUUUUAGUGUUUGCUAGUAUUGUCAUAUUUCUGCAUGAUUGAAAAUGUUGGUAAUCAAUAUAAUUGAUUUGCAGGUGUAAAUUGCUCAUAAAGGAUAAAACUGUAGGAGUACAUAUUUAUAAUAUUAACCCUAAGAUUGGGUUAUACAAUGUACCUGUAAAAUGUGUAUAGUUCUGUUCAGUUACCAUACAAAGUACAUGUAUGUUGUAGAGGUUUUCGGUAGCACCAUGGACGGAUAUCCUCGCAUGGUGCUACCGCAAACCUGUACAACUAACUUGCUAUCUUCACCAUGAAAAGCUUGAUAGAUCAUAUACAUGUAUGCAUUCCACUUUAUAUGUGGGGAUAUAGAUAUAUACAUGUACUUAACCCCCCCCCACUGUAUUUUGGCUUUGGAUGUUUUCGGCCAAAGGAUUUAAACACCCCCUCCACAUCUGGUUAUGUUUGUUGAGUGGUAAUUAUCAAUAGAUAUUCACAAUAAAAGAUGCAAGCGGAGUGCCAUUUGCCAUGUUAAUGUCAUUUUUACAUUGAAAACUGUAAAAUGUCUGAAAAGAUUGCCCAUUGUCUUAGGGCUUAAACCUUUGUUUUAUGCAAAAUAUUUGAUAUGUACCAUAAGAGUUUCUACCAGUCACCUCCUGUUCUGUCCUUCCCACGUGCCCAUUAUCUCCUUUUUGGGACUAAGCAUUUUGUUUCUUACCUGUUCACCAGGUGCUUGCCUGGUACCCCUAUACUGUAGAGUACCCAAGUGUUACACCCUUCAGAACCAGUAAAUGCCGUACAAACGAGUGCACUAUGUGCACGCUUUGGUACACUUGCUUGUUCUCCUGCUGAUGCUUUUUACAUCACUUUGGUACUCGAUUAUGUUCACUUAAAGGUUUUCAACACUGCCGUGGUUCAAAAUAACAUUAACGUGUUAUCCCCUUACCUGGGAAGAUAACUCUCUGUUUAAUGUUUAUUAUUUGAGGAAAUUCAUCCGUUUUUAAUUGUUGUUUUAAUCCUUUAUCUGGUGACCUUUGCCCUUUGACCUUAUGUUGCCUUUUCGGUUGUUUUGCUCUUAUAUCGCUACUUCACACAAUGCUCUCGUUUCACUUUUGUCCUUGUUUUGUUAGUACACAUAGGAUGAGAGCUGUUAUGAUGUAUAGUAUAAGUGCCUCGAACGCAGAUAUGAGGCAUAUGUGUGCGUUUACACGAGGUAAUAGAGGGUUACUAGCUCCAGAAGUGACACACUGCAGUUAAUGAGUUUUAAGUUUAAUGCCAGUAGUGUAUAUUAUUCAUUCUGCUGUGACACCCAGUUUUGGUCAGAGUUUCAUCUAUAUGUACAUACUUUUACUUAUAUUAGCUUUCAAAAAUGUGAAAAGAAUUUUCAGAGAAAAUGAUACUGUGAGAACUGUUUAUCCAUUAACCUUAUUCUUGUUUUCUAAUCUUGCAGAUAAUACUGCAUAUAAACAUGUACAUUUUUUUAAUAGUACAUGUAUCUUUGUUUCAAAAGUCCACCAAUAUCGCUAAUUACAUAUGAAAAAUAUUAUGUCAAAUUUAAUUAGAAAUCCGUGCACAGAUGAAGGUGCAGGUCUGCGCAAUUUUUUUUCAGGAUUUACAAAUAAUAGUGUCAAAUAAGCUGAAUAUAAGAAGUUGAAAAUUGUCA